GCUUGUACUUUUCUUGGUCAAACCCAGCCACCUCCAUGGGCAGUGCAGUUCAUGUUUGUUACACAACAUGUGACGAGCAAGCGCCCUGUGCACAGCUGGAGCUGCACCAGUUCCCCGCCCCUCCAAGAGCUUUUCUGCAACUUGUGUUGCCAGAUUCUUCAUUUAACCCUCGCGUAUUCUGCACAAAUUCAUUCCGAUUUGCACUUUUCCCCUCUUCCCGCUUCCCGCCCUUCCACACCCGAGCAAGAAUCAUGCUGACACUCCUGCUCUACCCCAUCGCAGCCCUCAUCCUCUACAUAACCACCACCACAAUCCGAUCUAUAUACCUGCACCCACAAGCCCACAUCCCCGGUCCCAAAACCUGGAUCGCCUUCCCAAUCCUGCGCCACAUAUCCGCCAUCCGUGGCAGAAUCCACCUCGACCUCUGCCGUUUCCACGCGACAUACGGCCCCGUCGUGCGAUAUGGUCCUGACACUUUGUCGAUAAUCACCGAAGAGGUCUGGCCGAAAGUCUACGGGCAUGGACAUAGACAGUUACCAAAAGUUCAGCCCUCCGCCUCAAACCCGCGCGAUAUCCUCAGCGCGAAUGACGAGGACCAUGCGCGGUAUCGCAAGGCGUUACUGCCCGCAUUCUCAGCACGGGGCCUACAGGCGCAAGAGCCGUUGAUUAUUGGGUAUGUGGACAAAUUGAUACACCGCUUGAGGGAAAUUGCCGAGUCCGGCGCAGCAACAGAUAUGGUCAAGUGGUAUAAUCUGACGACGUUUGAUAUUAUUGGCGAUUUGAUUUUCGGCGAGUCCUUUGGGGGAUUGGAUAAUUCCGAGUACCAUCAUUGGGUUGUGACGAUUUUUCGCACGAUCAAGUCGCGGCCGUUUUUCUUCCUCAUGGAUGAGUAUCCAAUCGUCUUUCGUGUACUUCGUCUACUCAUGCCGAGGGGGUUCGUCCCGGACGCUGUGAUGCAGUCUAGGCAGGCGCACAAGACACACACGCAAGAGGCUAUCGCGAAGAGACUCGAGAAUGCAGCGGCGUAUAACCGCAAUGACCUGAUGGACUCGAUGCUGCACACCCGAGGCGGGAAGAACGAGCUAAGUGACCUCGAGCUCGAAGGGAACGCCAAUCUCCUCCUCGUGGCGGGAAGCGAGACAGUUGCGACGUUUCUAUCUGGCACGACGUACUGGCUCUGUCAAAGCCCCGAGGUCCUGGACAGAUUGACGGGCGAGGUUCGUUCGGCGUUCAAGACGGAGUCAGAAAUCACCAUUCGGAAUGUGAGCGCAAAUCUGCCGUACAUGGAUGCCUGUAUCAACGAGAUAUUCCGCAUCUACCCGCCUGUUGUGACGGGGAUGGAGCGGAGGACGGUCGAUCCGGUUCACAUUGGGGGUUAUCACAUUCCGCCUGGCACCGAACUCUCCAUCCCACAGGCCGUCGCAUACACCUCCUCAAGAAACUUCCACAACCCCCACUCCUUCGACCCCGCACGCUGGCUCCCCGAAUCCAAAACCGACCCGUCAUCGCCCUACUUCAACGAUAACCGCGACGUCGUGCAGCAGUUCUCCGUUGGGCCAAGGAAUUGUAUCGGGAGUAAUCUUGCGUUUGCGGAGAUUCGGCUGAUUCUAGCGCGGUUGCUGUGGAAUUUUGAUUUGACGCUGUGUGACCAGAGUCAAAGGUGGAGUGAGCAGAGGGCGUAUGUUGUUUGGGAGAAGGGAGGGUUGAUGUGUAGGUUGACGGUAAGAGGUGGUGGAGGGUGAGUGUGCUGGAAGGGGAUGGACACAGGAUGGCCGAUGUCGAUGUGUUAAAUGUCUCUAGAACUCGUACAAUUUGGAAAGUAGUGUUCAUGCCUGAUUGAGGGUGAUUUAUAUGUACGUGCGAGCUGUACGAUUACCAAGUUGAUAGGUCCGACAUGAUGAAGCUUUCCGUUCCUCAACGUCUUAUUCGCAGAGUGGUUCAGCCGUCCCCUACAAACAUGCGAAUUCGCUAGAUUCCACUCUGAUAUCACGUAUACAAGGCGAUGAACUUCAGGCCCUCCACGAUCUUGCGGUGUCAGGGCGCACUCGAGGUCUCCUCUGGUGCGUCAAUAUUCUCUGAAAAUUCUCUCUGUGCUCUGGCGGGAGAACUGCGCCUGAAUCGUUGGGUUGGCUUGACAGUGGGCCACAUAAUCAUUCUAAUACUCCAGCCCGGUUUGACUGUCGCUUCCCAAGUCUCUGGGUGAAUGUUAAUAUUGUUAGGGCCAACUAAGUGAUAAUGACCCGCCGCAAUGUGAAAAUGCGAGUCCUCGUAUAGGAAUAGUUGGUAGAUAAGCUCUUCCAUUCCCUGAUCCAGAUUGAUAGUCAGAUAAGAACUUGAAACCUCCGGGAUGACCUCAAUAGCAAGCAAGCACUUACCCGCCAAGUGCAGCACAAGUCCCACGGGAAACUAAACUCUCUGCCAAGAGGAUCCUUGAAAUUGAUGGUCUCCUUCUUAAUAGUCGGAAGGGUAUUGGUUGUGACUGCCGGUGCUGUUACGGCUUCCUCUUCUGUUGCCCCUGCUUCUUCUUCCUCUCUUACCCAAUCGAUAGGUGCAUUUGGCUCUCCCACGAUUUUUUCUCACGCUAUUGUCCAUCUUUGGCCGUCUGAGCCGCGCCUUCCUCAGCGGCCGGAACGGUCAAGCGGGCCUCCCGGGCUUCACGCUCAGCUCGUUCUUCAAGAAUUAGCUGCCCGAGCCUUGCGAUGGCCGCUGCUCUCGUUGGAUCCUCAGCGGGGUCAGUUUUGCUUCUUUUGCUUCUUGGCUGCUCGAGCGUCGUGACGGAUUCGUCGUCCCCUGAAUAUCCAGUACGCUCACUCUUCUCGCUUGUUUCAAUGAGCGUUCCAGCCGACAUAGCGUCCUCUUCCCUACUAGAGCCAUCAACCGCUGGAUCGGCUAUAUCAAGGUCGCUCUCGGAACAUACGGGCCCUUCGGAGUCGAGCGAUAGCCCCUUGGCCGUGGAGUGCCCCUCAUUCGCUGCGCUAUUCGACACUUGAGCAGAGAGUGUUUCAGCUUCGUCCUCUGGUCCUGUCCGUGGAAGGACAAAAAGCGCCAGCUCCUCCAGGUGCCGACCGACGUGUCUCUCAAAAAUUGCCGGUCGCUGGAUUGCCAGCUUGCACAGGAGACAUACCACACAACUGUCCGGACUUGUUUCAAGUGCAUGCUGGAUACGUAGAUGAUCG